CGGGCGAAAGACGACGAGAAGGGACGGGCGGCGACAGGGCGGAAGGCGGCGCGCUUGGCGAGGCCGGAUGCUACGCGACGGACAAACAUGGCGACGGUGAGGUGUGUGGAUGUGGAGAGUGGAGAGGGUGCUACUUUGGCAAUUGCGUGUAUACCAAGGCCCAAUCGCGGUUGCGCUACAGAGAGAGCUUACCCAUCAUCCGCGCCGGCCAAAAGUCGUGAUUUCCCGUCUUGGCCAACACCAUCCGACAUCCCGCGACUUUCUCGACCUUCGACGACUAUCAAUCCUGCGCAAAACAUCCACCAAUAACAUGCGUGUCUAGCCUGUCUACAAUCAAUCGACCUGAUCGAUCAUCCAAAGCAAGUAGCUUGCAAUCAUGUAGUUUGUAUAUCGCCUGGUCCGAGAAGACUGUCGUCGUUGCACCGUCCUCGAAGCCGACCAUCUGUACAUGCAAGGUUGGUA